UACCGUGAUAUGAUGCGCCUGUCUGGAUCCUCACUGCCGUCUAUCCGUUCCUGUCUGAGAACUUGUCGACUUCGAGCAGGCACACAGGCCGUUCAUGGACAGAGAUUCAAGUCAUCUAUUCGCUCCCUACAAGAUGCCUUCUGUGACCUGUCCUCACCAUUCCACCUACCGCCCGGCACGCAAGGCCCCGCCUUCCCAGAUCCCCCCGCCGAGUUCCUGCACACCGAAGCCCAGGAGACGCGGGCAGAGCACACCCGCACAAAGAUGCUAGAGCUGGGCUACGACCCGAGCAGCUUCUGGGAGCAGCGGAUCGUGUGGGGUGACCACGAUGCCUUCCAACACGUAAACAAUGUGCGCUACGUGCGCUUCCUCGAGUCAUCCCGGAUCGAGUGGAUGGUCUCCCUAGGCAAAGAAAUCGGCGGCGCCUCCCGAGCGGACGACAUGCUCGCCGGGCGUGGCAUCUCGCUCAUCCUCAAGACCAUCUCCAUCGACUACAAGCAGCCCGUCGUCUACUCCGACAUGCUCCUCAUCGCGCACAAGCCGCACCCCGGCCCGCUCGUCUCGACCUCAGACGUGCACAAGAUGGAGUUCGGCCAGCGCCACUUCCUCAAGACCCACUUCCACCUCAUGGACGCGAUCUACUCAUACGCGCAGCGCCGUAUCGUGACGGAGUGCGACGAGGUGCUGGUGUGGUAUGAUUAUGAGAAGCUGGCAAAGUGUGACCCUGGUGAGGAGGCUAGGGCGGCGUUGCAGCGCAGGAUGUUCUUGACGCAGGAGCCGA